AUGUUUCAAAAGCUGUUGUGCAAAAUCGUUUGUUUUGUGAAGAAGUCCGUUCGGGAGGAGGGGAAAUUAGCGGAUAUAACGGGUUAUGAGAACGUUAUAAGUGUACCGUUUCUUAUCACCGAAAUCGUUUUCUUGGGCUUGACUAUAGCUUUUUUAAACAAGUAUAAACAAAUUCGUUCCAAAGAUAGAUUGGAUGAACUCCUACAGGACAGUCGGGAUGCCUUGCAGCAAACCAACGAGUUUUUAGAAAAAUGGCGAUUGCGAAGGGUAAAGACUGAAUAUUCUUACCUAGAUGAGGAGCCGCAAGAGAUAAAACCGUACAAACUGGAAGUGCCUAUAUUACACAUGGCGAUAAUAGAUACGCUUGGAACUACCAGAAGUAGACCAGAGAGAGGUGACGCUGGUGACACAAUAAACAUCACAGAUUCAACCCUCCUCUCCGUGACGUCACUGCUCGAUGAAGACUACGAGGCUAUCCCUGAACCAAUCAGCGACGAGAGGUUCGACGACUCAAUGGAAAAAUGUAUCACGGAGUUCAAGAAUCGCUACCUUUGGGACGUUGUGGAGGAAGAUGAUUGA